AUGUGGCCAUCCAAACACGCUACUGACAAACAUUCUAGUGUUGUAAAACUUAUUAUUCAGUUCUUGAGAGAAAACAACUUGAAUCAGACACGUUCAGCGCUCGAGAAGGAAUCCCAUGUGACAUUAUGUGCAGUAGAAGAUAAAGCGCGAUUCGUACAAGAAAUCAAAGAUGGUCGAUGGGACAGUAUAUUGAAACAAGUCAAUCAGCUCGGUAUUGCACCUCAUCAGCUCUUGGAUCUGUAUGAGCAAGUUGUGUUUGAGCUGAUUGAAAGCAAUGAGUUAAGUGCAGCAGAGGCACUCUUGCGACGAUCGAAUGUAUUGCGUCUCAUGUGCGAAGAAUACCCUGAUCGAUAUGAAGUGAUGGAACGCUAUUUACAUGAAGCACCUAUUCAACAAAUACAAUACACAAAUGAAAAAAGAAGACUUGAUAUUGCCAACCAAUUAGAACCGUUGGUGUCUAUGGUACCAGGGAGUCGACUCUUGACACAUUUAGGUCAAAGCAUUAAAUGGCAGCAGCAACAAGGCAUCAUUACACCUGAAUCUACCUAUGAUAUCUUCCGAGGUACUGUCUCUGUUCAACGAUCAGAAGAAGACAGUUUUGCUUCUAAACACUAUGUGUCAAUCAAAUUUCCCGGUAAAAAGACACAUGCUGAAUCGGCUGCUUUUUCCAAGAACGGUCAAUACCUUGCUACAGGUUCUGUAGAUGGGUUUAUUGAGAUCUGGAAUUAUUUGACAGGCAAGCUAAGGAAGGAUUUAGCCUAUCAGGCUCAAGAUCGUCUCAUGGCCAUGGACGCAUCAGUCCUAUGUGUUCAGUUUAGUCAUGAUAAUGAGCUAUUAGUGACUGGUUCUUCAGAUGGUAAGAUGGCUAUUUGGAAAGUCAAGACAGGACAAUGUCAAAAGCGUAUUCCUGUAGCUCAUACAGAAGGUGUUACUUGUGUCUGUUUCAGCAAAGAUAGUACACAGAUCCUUAGUGGCAGUUAUGAUCAAACAGUCCGUAUUCAUGGUCUCAAGUCUGGCAAGAUGUUGAAAGAGUUUCGAGGACACCAGUCGUUCAUUAAUUCCGUUGUUUACUCGGCUGAUAACACACGUAUCUUAAGUGCCAGUAGUGAUGGCAAUGUCAAGAUUUGGGAUGCUAAAUCGACCUCUUGUAUCUACACUGUCAAUCCUCAACCUCCUGUAGAAAAGAACCAGCUUAAUCCAAUAGGAGGAUUAGGCAGUGCCUCUGUUCAGCUUAUCAUGUCACUUCCCAAACAUCCAGAUCAAUUCCUGGUUUGCAAUAAAACCAACACACUUUUUAUCAUUUCUCUACGAGGACAAAUUAUCAAGACAUUGACACAUCAAAAACCAGUAGAUUUUGUUACUGCAACUACAUCGCCUCAAGGUGACUUUAUUUACGGUAUCACAGAAGAUUCGCAUAUGUAUGGAUUCCAGUUCAGUACAGGCGCACUUGUAGGUCAAGUCAAAGUGUCUGAAAAAGAGAUUGUAGGUAUAACAAGUCACCCAUUAUCUAAUGUGGUUGUUGUCUAUGAUGAUGCAGGCUAUGUGUAUUUCUAUAAAGCACCAUAAAAAAAGAAUAAAGAGAUUAUUUACAAUAUUUACAAUUCAUCCUCUGGUAAUUGAAUCCUUCUGUUCCAGCGAGGUACGGAUUGCCCAAUACCUCGAGCAUGUUGAAUAGACAGAUAGAUAUAACCAAAACAACGAUGGAGUAAUUGUAUCAUGUCGCUCAUACCGUACUGCGUGUUGGUCUCCAAGUAGAUUUCAAGACUGAGCAAGGUCAAGCCAAUCACUGUAUAGAACAUGGCAUUACAGCCAUAUUGUUCGUAAAUCAUACCACCCACUAAACUACCCAAACCAGCACCUACACCAGCAUACAUGGCAGCUAAUAUACCUUGAGAUGUAGCCUGUAAGGAAGGAGGAGCCAAUUCAUCUGCCUGAACUACACCUGCACCCCAUAAAGCAGAGAAAGCAACUCCGUUUAAUAAAUGAAGU